AUGAGACUAAAGAGAUCACGUACAAAUGACAGUCUUUUUGAUGCAGAGCAAGAUUCAUCAGUCACUAAACGCGUCAGCAACAUCAUUGAAUUAAGAUCAAAGAGGGGAGGUAAAGAAAAAGUUUAUUACAGAGGGAGUGAGAUCAACAGAGGCUCACAUUCUGUAGUGUACAAGGUGUUUGAUUCUGAGGACCGUAUAUUUGCUGGUAAAAAAGUACAUUGCCCAAACAAAGAGAAUAAGAGAAAGAUCAUCAAAGAGCUAGAGAUUUACAAAGUGAUAUGUAGAUCACAUCAUAAUCAUAUAGUCGCUCUGAGGGAUGCAUUUCAAUGGGGCAAGGAGAGCUGUAUCUAUAUGAUACUUGAUUACUGCUCUAAUAAUUCGUUGCAGUCAAUAUUACAGUACAGAGGGUCUCUGAAUGAGGUUGAAUGCAAGGAGUUAAUGAUCCAGUUAUGCGGUGGUAUCUACUGGCUACAUUUGAACAACGUUAUACAUGGAGAUUUGAAGCUGAGUAAUAUACUGUUUGAUGAGGGUCAGCAACUGAAAAUUUGCGACUUCGGUUCCUCCUUUAUUGCCACAUCUAGUCCGAGAGGCCCCGGUGAGAUUAUGGGCACGCCUUAUUAUUUAGCGCCGGAGACAGUGUACACGCAUAAAAACAUAAACAAAUCUGGAAUGGCCAUCCUGCUAAUUUCAUUCCCAAUUGAUAUUUGGUCCAUGGGUAUCGUGCUGUACAGUUUACUGUACGGAAUCAAUCCGUUCAUAAAAAGUGUCGAUGAACUACAUAACGUGUCACUGGAUGAGUUAAUGCAACGAAUAACGUCAGGAGUAAUUGAGUUCCCCACAAAUAAAGCUGUCGGGGCGGGAGCACAACAGCUUAUUUUGAAAAUGCUAUCGCAAAACCCGCUGGAGAGAAUCACUUUAGUUGAAAUCGUGUGCGAUCCAUGGAUACGUUUUGCGUUCACCAAUAAUGCGCCUCAGUUCGGCUUAAACAAGCUCAAGACCAACAGCGAGCAGUCAUUACUUGCGUACCUUGGGUGUGUGCGCAAUGCCAAUUUCCAAGGCUUACUGGGUGAUAAGGGCGACACUUCUCAAAGCGGAAGGCGACAGUUGAAGACGUUGCUGAAAAACGCAAAGAAGUACAGAGAGAAAACAUUAAAGGUUUUGCGUGAACAGUAUGGUUUGCCGACUGUGCGUCUACCACCGGUGGCAUUUGUCAACGAAUUGACAGUGCCGCUGACGGCGGAGAUCAUAAAAAAUGAACUACAAGUGGUGCUCAGAAAUAUCUGUGAGGCACAAUGGGCUGCCCGUACACACAGAACUACUCUAAACCCAACCAGUACGGAUGAUUCACCCACACAGUCACCCAUUUUAGUUCACAAAUACAAGUUUUUGGACGAAGGGUGCCCUGCUGUGUCGUACGAACUGACCAACGGCCAGUUUGGAACCAUGUGGAAGCAAGGCCAUUCUGUUGUGAUCCGGGGCAACAGCAACAAAUUCUGGUACGUAGUCCCAGAUGCCAAAUUGGGGUGGAUAUCGAAAAGUUUUGAGAGUAGCAUGAGGUCGAAACUCCCUGCUGAGAUCACUCGGCGUGUAUCGGCUACGCAGGACCUGAAGCUAGAGUUUGGAACUAGCACAGAGCCUGCGGUACAUCUAGCUACGAAAGAAGUUUUUCUACGCGAUUACAUGAUCUGUGAGUCGCCCAGUGGUAUUUCCGACGGAGGCAGAAUCGAACUGUUCGAGUUGAGUAAUGGGACGUUGCAAGUAAACUUUGUCGGUGAAAAAUCGACUAUGGUACUUAGCAACCGUGGCCGUUGUAUAAGUGUGAUAACACCCAGUUUCGAGGUUUACAACGAAAACUUGGCCUCGUUUCUGAAUGAUCAUGCGGGCGAUUCGGAACUUUCGACCAAGAUGCUUUUGAUAAAUGAGAUUCUUACAAGGAGAAUCGGUAUAUAG